AUGGGUGGCCAGGGGCAGCAGAGCAAUGCUGCCUCGGCGGCUUCUCUGUAUGACAACCACGCCAUUGGUGUGGGGCCAGUGGGUGACUCCGGGGAUGCAGUGAUGGCCCGCUGGCUCCAGUCUGCAGGACUUCAGCAUCUGGCUUCUCCGAUGGCGUCUACCGACAACCGAUUCUUCCCAAAUGUCAUGCAGGUGUGAAACAAUUUUCUCGGCUGCUUUUGAUAAAUGAACUCGAGUUGCCGGGCAAUGUAAUGAAACUGUGUUAUUUGCUCCAGAGCUGUAUUUUCCCCCUGAGACCAAUGUUCUAAGUCUCGUGUCUUCUCCUGAUAACUAUUUUGUAACUUUGUUCUUCUGGAAGUGAUUGUGCUCGCAUUAACUUGAGUUUGCUCGAUUUUCAGUGCUUCUACGUUUGUUACUUGUAAGAUUGGAUAAUCUUAUAAGUAUUCUUCUCCAUCUCUAGCAGCGGCAUUGGCGUUUUUACUUUUUACAUAAAAUGCAGUUGAUUAGCUUAGACUGCCUUUAUGCGCGUGGGUGAACUUUAUCAAGGUUCAAAUGUUGAUUCUUUUGUUGAUCUUCUGUUGAUGCCAUAAUAUCCGGUGUUGCAUGCUUGUUAUUGUAGGGCUAUGGAGGGCAGUCCGUUGAGGAGAAACAGAGGCUCUUUAAGGUUUUUAAGAACUUGAACUUUAAUGGAGAAUCUGGCUCAGAACCAUAUAUGCCGGCCACACACCCUUUGGGGGGAGUCAGUGCCAUUGAUGGCUUCUAUUCACCUGAACUGAGAGGGGAGUUUGGGGCUGGACUUUUGGAUCUUAAUGCAAUGGAUGAUACAGAACUUAUUUCUGAGGUACAUUGUGCCUCUCUGAACCACCAUUUUAUAAUUCUCUGAGCUAAUGAGAUGCUACCUGAAGAGACUUUAUUCUGUAGCAUAAUUUAUUUUUUCUGCCCACUGUAAACCAUAUAUAUGUUGUGAUAGUAAUCGUUGUCAAAAUAAUUUAUAUAUGGUCUUAAAGUUUACCGGCAUAUCUUUGGCCUUGCAUAUACAAAUCUUUCCCAAGCGUUGAAGUAUUAGUUUUAUUCUAUUGUUUGUCGUCAUUUAGUUCUUUUUGUUGAGGUUGGUUGUGGUAUAUUGUCGUUAUGAGUGUGGCCUACCUUGUCCAAUGAUUCUUCAUGAAUCACAUGGUCAGAUUUCAAGAUUGCCCCUCUUCAGUGCACUUUUCAUGUCCAAUUGUGUCAUAUGAGAUCAAUAAAAUUUGUCUGCUCGCCAGUAUUGCUGGUGUGCCUGCAGUGCAUUAUCUAUUAGUGCUUGUACAUGACCUUCAUGAUGCUUUCGGAGCUUGAGAUAAGUGCUUGCAUGAGUGUCUGGCAUCAGACGCAAAAAAAUCGUGUGCAUUUUCUCUUGCUAUUGGCUAUCCCAUGUGCUUCACGUCCCCAUCUGCACAGGCUUUGUCGCCCCUUGUUAACGUUAGUGAAAUUUAAGUUGCCUCUAACCAUUUACAAACGGGGCAUACUUAGUUUCAAGAACUAUUUCUGUUCGAGAUAAGAUUUAUGACACACAAAUGCAAUAUUAGCUCGUUAUUCAUGGGAAGAUCAAUAUAACAUCGUCCAGUAUCAAAUAACUCGACAGCUUGCUGUCAAACCGAGCUAGUGACAUUUUCUAUAUGCAGUGUAUGAACUUUAAGUGCUUGAAUUGAUAUUUGUAUAGAAUCUAAGUUUCUGGUUCUUGUGGUGGGAGGUGCUCUUCAUGUGGUUACCUGUUGAAUAUUUUAGCUAAGAUACCUGAUAUUCUCUGACGAACUUUUUCUACCACUUAUGUAUCAUUCCUGUCAUGUGACAUGGGCAAAAUUUUGAAAAGGAAAGAAAUAUCAUUUUAACAUUUGUGUCAUAAAAAGAAUUAGUCAUGAAAUUGACUGAUAAAUUCUAGAUCAAACUUGCAUAUGGUUUUCUGGGAACCCAUCAACGAUUUUGCAGUUGCCGGCACAUUGUUAUUAUUUUUCAAAGUCCGCAGAGAAAAUGAAUUUCUUUAUCUUGAUUUUCAUUGCCUUUCCGUGCUAAUUUAUCUCAACAUCGUUUAAAGGUUUUCUCCUGUUUCACUGAUAUUUGAGCUCUUUGCAUUCUUUGCAGCAUGGUAUAUCGCAACCCUUUGAGUCAUCACCAUUCAUGCCUGGUGGGAAUUUUGAUAGUGACUUUGAUAUAGUUACUGCCAGGCCACUGAAAGGGCAAGCUGAGAACAGCAGUAGAUUAUCAGCUAUUGAAAAGGAGCCUAGCGCAAAGGAGAGCAACAUAGCAAAGAUUAAAGUCGUGGUAUGUUAAGACAUUUUCUGCAGGUUUCUUCAGCAGCAUAGAGGGUAUUUGCAUUUUUAUGCUGAAUGCUUCCAUGAAAUGCAAAAAUCACCUCACCAUUUCAUGCAUGCACUCUUCAGAUUUGCCUUUUAAGUGAAUAGAUUAGGUGGACCCAAAUGGAAAUACUCCUUGACAGAGAGUACAGGUGAUGGUGACUUAAUUAAUUAUGCCCGUUGAAAAUCUGGUGGUGCUACCCAAAGACUUGAAUGAAUAGCCAUCGCUGUUAAGAACAACCGAGAAAAAAUGAGAUGGUAGUAUAUAUUUGUUAUAUUGAAUAUGUGCUCCAAAUAUUCAGAUAAAGAUAAUUCGUGUAAAAUAUAGUAGAUUAGGAAUGUUAAUAACUUCUUAUUAUUAUUAUAUAAUGCUUUUUUCAAAAGGAUUCAGGUUGUGUUUCCUCCAGAUAUUCAGAAGAACAACCAUUAUAUAAUGCUUUUCGAGAUAUUCUCGUUGUGAUUCUACUUAAUAUGUUGAAUCUAUGUAUGAAUAUCCUCCUCUUUCCGAUCUUUGAAGGGGAAUGCUGAUUUAGGCAUAAUCUGAUCCAUAGACCAUGUGAAAUUUCUUUCAUGUAUUUUUUAUUUUGUUUAGAUUCCAAUUUAUAAUUAUAAGUCUUUACUAAAUGAUCCUCUUGCACAUUUAAAGCAGUAGUUACUAUUAUUUUAUGUUUAUAUUUUCGGUUAGUGUUCUUUCCCUAGCCCUGAGAAAAUGUUAUCACAUUGUAAAAUGGAUAAAAUAUAACUGGGUUUAUCUGAGCCACUAAACUUUGUUUGAAGAAAAGAGAAAUCGGUGCUUCACUAGUUAUAUUGCUUUUGAGCAACCUGUGAUGAUGGUUUUUGCCAUAAAUAUAUAUUUAUUAAUUUUUUGGCUUGAUAAAACUGGGAUAAAAUUAUUUUAUUCCAGGUUCGUAAAAGACCUUUGAACAAAAAGGAGAUAUCUCGAAAGGAGGACGAUAUUGUAACUGUGCAUGAUAGUUCAUAUUUGUCUGUCCAUGAGCCUAAGUUGAAGGUUAGUGUUUAUGAUACGAGUUAGAUUUAAUCUUUUCGUAUUGGUGCUAGAUGCCCCAAGCAUAUGGAAAUCUGAUCCUUUUUUUGCCAGCAUUAUUUACUUUAUCUUGAUGUCUUGCUUGUAUGCAUGCAGGGAUCUAACUGCAGUUAGUUGUGUCAGGCCAAUGGUUGAGGGUCAACACUACCAACACAAAUUCAAAAUAGGCCAGCCCUGAUUAAUUUUACGUGCUAUAUAUGUAUCUGUACAUUUUAUAUACCAUAUGGACUCCCUAAUAAAAAUAAUUAGAUUAUAUAUAUAAACACAUCCAUAUAUUUAUGUAUAUAUAUAAGUAUCUACACACAUAUAUAGAUAGAGAGAGAGAGAAGCCUUGAAGUGCGAUACAGUUUGUAGGAAAUGUGUUAUUCACAGAAUUAUGUGCAUUCCAUAAACGUCUACAUUAAUGGACCAUUAGCUGGCUGAGGUAGAUUGAUUUCGUGGAACUGCAAGUAGGCCCAUGGACAGGGAUGUGUUUUCUUUACGAGUAAUAAAUGCAAAGUCUGGCAGGACCUUUUUUUGGCGCCUAAACCAACACGGACGACCAACUGUUAAACGCACCCAAAACUCGCUGGUAGUGUGGCUCAUUGCCUUGGCCGAGUAAUACAUAUGUGUCUGCGCUGAUUUUUGGCGUAUUAGAUUAUGCUGGUAUUUAUCUUACUAUGUAUAUAUUUCUUUAACAUUUCUGGUUAUAUAUUUACAUUGUAAUUUACGAUGACUCAAACAUGGCACACAAGUUAUUCUUUUUAACUGGAAAUACAUGCUCUUUUUCUUGGACGAUCGAAAUGUAUAUUCUUCGGUUUUUGUUCUCAUAUUUUUCUCUCUAGGCAAAUUUCUUGUGAAUCAUGCAAGCAUUCCCCUCAACAUUGUUUGGAAACAAUCGAUUGAUGGUUUUCAGUAACUUGGCCACUAAUGGAGACCGAAAUUGGAGAUACAAACGGAGAGGAAUAACCAAUUGAUAAAUCAACAUGAAACCAUUCUGUUUCAAUAGAAGUACGGGAAACGGUUGGGGACAAUGAAGUUGGUGAAGUGGUUGGAUUUUGCAAGCUGUUCCAACCACUACUAGAUAUAAUUCUAAGAGCCAGAAACGAAUGAAUACCACACACAACGUGCUGGUACCCGAAUCACCCCUCAAGAAAGGCACGUUGCAUCAGGGAAGCAAGUUAAUGUAAUCUACUCAUUAUCAUUGCCCAGUUCCUUUCCUACUUGAUUGAUCUGUUUUGCGACCUGAAAAAUGCAAGUUCCUCGAAAUCGAACGGUCAUGCUUAAACCCCUCACUUAAGAGAAAAAUCCACAAAGCUGAAAUUGUAGAAGAACAGACCGAUCAAAUGGAACAUGGGAUUUUCGUCGACAGAGAGCUAUGGUCUGCUUUCUUUCUGCCAUAAUUACCUGUCUUUUCAAAGAGUUCAUAUCUUUAAAACUCCUCGCAGAAGUUGUUUGGCGAAUCUCUGUUUAUUGGGAAACGAAAAGAAUAACGAAUGUUUUCUAUAUUCCCUGAUCUAGAUUAAUGGUUCAAGAUGAACAGUUAUGGUAGAGUUUGUGACCGUCAUCAUGUAUGUUGGCAUUAAACCUAAAGCGAAGAGGAAAAAUGAACUGUCAUAAACUCAGAAGUUGCGUUUAGUGUAUCUUCCAAGGCACUCCAUUUCCCCUAUCUGCUCCCCUUCACAAUUUUUCGUUCAACAUGCAUAUCUUUGGAUCACUGUUGGUCACCCCAAGAUGUACUUCCACUGGUUACUACAAAACUUUAGCCCGACCAGCUCAUUUUUGCACUCUACUGCGCUCCCUUACCUUUUUACCUCGUUCUGGAAAACUAUUCUGUAAAGAAAAAUGAUUAGGUAUUUGAUUUAAUUGACAAGGGAAAAUCAUCUGAGGAUCCUUAGAGUUUCUUGUGGGUCUCCUGUCCAAUGCUUGUGUUCAAACUAUUUUUCACGGCAGAAUCUCAGCAGUUAGUUCAAUCAUAUGGUUUUUCCAAUUUGAAUGUUGUGAUUUGCGGUAAUGGUUGCCAGUGAUGUUUCAUAGGUGGACCUUACAGCUUAUGUGGAGAAGCAUGAAUUCUGUUUUGAUGCUGUUCUUGAUGAGAAUGUUAACAAUGAUGAGGUAACAGUCUCUAUCAUUGUACUAUCGGCACUUUCCUUGUACAGUUUUCCCCCUUUUUGUAGCUAACAUUAUAUUCGAAAAGUAAUAAAUAUCUUUCUGUACUUUGGUACCUGUUGACUUCUUUCUGACGUCUGCUAUGCCAGGUGUACCGUGUCACUGUGGAACCCAUUAUUCCUACUAUUUUUCAGAGAACGAAAGCUACAUGUUUUGCAUAUGGACAGACAGGUGCUGAUCUCUUGAACUCCCCGUGGUGCUGUGAUUAAACCGCUUAAAGUAAUUAGAUUAUUUUUCUACUGUUCAUAUGUGCUCAGAAACUGUUAGAUAAGAGGGGGACGGCAAUGUUUUGUGACAAGGUGCUAAGUGAUGUGCAGAUUGAAUAAGUAGACGAGUCAAAGGUUUGUAGCUGUAAAUUAUGAAACAUGUACAAGUUGAAGAAAAAAAAUUUGGCGUCUAUGUUGUUCUUAUACCAUUAUAAAUAACUCCAGGUUAAAUAUUAUGCUUAAUAUUUGCAUAAAUAUUUGAAAUUAAAAGGAGGAAGCGUAAUGUUUACUCUCAGCAUUGAGAAGUGCACGCCUGUGAAAGGUAUGAGUAGGACAUUCAUUUAUGUAGUUUUAUAAAUCUAUGAAACUUCUAAUUUAUAGACACUAAAUUUAGUUUAGAAUAUUUACAGUGUAUUGCAGUUAGAUAUGUAGAACUACAGAGUUAGCAAUAAUAGAUUCAGGAAUGAUGGGAGAUAGAAACUAGAAAGGGGUAGUGCAGGAUAAACUUAAAAACAUACUGGAAAUGGUAAAAAGCUGAAAAAUCCCAAGAUAUAAACAAGGGGUGAGUUCUAUAUUUCUAGGGAAUAUUUACAAAAGGUCAGAAAAUGAAGGGAUUGUGCGGCUUAUUAAGUGAAUGGAUUCGUGCCCUUCUAGAAAAAAUAGAUUGGACAUACACCCCAAAACUCUAUAAUUGGUUCUUCAAAUAUACCUUAUUUGUAAGAGAUUUGACAUGUAUAGCACCUAUUUCUUCCACGAAUCCAUGGCAAGAGCUAUUUUGACAACGUUAUACACGAAUCCAUCAACUAGGAAUUCUACUAAUUGUUUCCACAAGUUGUAAAACUGUGAUGAUUGAUGCAAAGAUUUCACCUUAUAAGAGCAACAUGCAAAGUAUCUCCACAUGGUCAACUUCUAUCAACUUCGAUCAACUUGAACAUAGCACUAGGUUUCUCCACAUGGUCCGCUGUUUUUCUCUUUCCACUUUUCUGGUUAUCUCUGAGUGAAGGAUUUAAACAACAAGGUACAUUUUGUCGCCUCUGUUACACUCCUGUUGAUUCCUACUCCUUUCCAUAUCUCCCCUGAUAUCAUGGGGAGCUUAGACACUUCAAGAAAAAUAGAAAUCCUUAAAUGGUGUCGAGUUCAACACUCACCUCGGGGAUUAGGUUGCCUCUAGCGUGGCAUACUCUUUUUAAUUAUCCACUUCUAUUUACUUGACCUGUGUCAUUGAAGCAGUGAAUUCUCAGAACUGUGUUGUGUGCUUUGUUGUUAUGAUGCGGAUACCUUGAUCAUGCUUUCAUCUGACAGAUCCAAGGUUUUUCAGGUUUCUUCUAUGAAGACCAUAUUUCGUAUUUUCCCAUAACACAGACUGUGUCAUGUUUGUCUUAUGAGUAUCUGAUAAGGUCUCGAACAGGACCCUGCCAAGGCAGCGAACAGAAUGCACAGAUCAGAGGGAGAUAGAUAGAUGAACACAGAAUAAUCAGAUAGCACGAAACAAGAACAGACGGGGAAAGGGUUUCCGAUGAAACCCUAGAAUAGUUCGGGACGAACUUUCCUCUCAAAAAUGCCUCUUACCAGUACAUAUACCCUCACUCCCGAAAUGGGCCUCGGGCCCAAUUCUCCUUUAGUCCUUACCCCCUUCAUUCCUUUUGCGGCGGUAAGUCCAAAAAGGGCUGGGUUCGUAGGACCCUGCUCAGACCCGAUAACGGACCCAAUUUGAGCAUUGUAACGGGACCUAUCAGUAUCUGAACUCCACGGAGGUUGGACUAAUUUAUCAUUGUUAGUUGAAUAUUGGUCUGAUUUUACUAGUGUCGACAUGUUGCUGAUGCUCAAUCGUAAUUAGUUUCUUAAUCUUGGUCUUGUUGGGUGAGGAGAGAACUUUCAAUUUACCUUAUUUCUUACUUCUUCUUUGUCGUUUAUUGUUUUCAAUACUUCUAUAAAUGGUUUCUCGUCUUUACACGUAUCAUAUGGUUGGAUUUUGGUCUUCAGGCAGUGGAAAGACGUUCACUAUGCAGCCGUUGCCCCUGAGGGCUUCAGAAGAUAUUGUUAGACUUUUGCACCAGCCAGUGUAUAGUAAUCAAAGGUUUAGGUUAUGGCUUAGCUACUUUGAGAUAUAUGGUGGGAAGCUUUUUGAUCUUCUCAGUGACAGAAGGUUAGAAUUUGGCAUUAAUUAUUGGUUCCUUAUGCAUCAAAUUUGGUUGCUUUUAGUUGCGUCCAAUGCAUUAUUUGGCAGAUAAUAUUAAAAAUGUAUGUUUUGUCUUUGGAUCCAAACCCAAGUUAUUAUCGAAUAGGCUAUAUGGCCUUCAGAGUGCAUCCUUAGGUUAGGCAAUUGUUUGGGGUCGUUUUCUGUGAAAAUCUGUGGACAGAUGAAAAUCUCUAGAUUCCAUGCAUCAAAGGAUAAGGCUGGGAAAAAAGUAGUGUUUAAGUAUUGCACUUCUUUAGAUUGCGGAUUCGAAGACGCUUCAAGAAGGAUGCAUCAAGAUAGAUUGCAAAGAAAUAUUGAAAAACUGACAAUAGGGUAUGAACUAAUUGCAAUCAACAACAUGGUAUAUUGCUAAAAUGGUGUUUUCAGUUCUGUAGAUUGAGAAGCGCGAAUCUGAGGGCAAAUUUAUGAAAUAACGAGGAGUCCAAUAUUUAAGAGAUCCUUGGUUGGAAUAAAACUUGUUUUUUUGUGAUAUGUAUUGGAAUGUUUUCAGAGUCUCGGUAAAAACAGAGUUUCCAUGUCUGCCCAUAUUUAGUAGGUUUUUUCUUGAUGAUGUACGAUGCGUCGGUGUUCUUUUAUCUCCAAUCGUUUUACAAAACGUUUAAUUGAAGUGUACAAUCGUCACUGGUUCUUUGAAUGAGGCCAAUAGUGUGUUUUCACCGGGGAAUGAAUACCAGAUACUUUGGGGACUUUUGAAAUGGUUUGUCGUUAAGUUGCCCAUGGAAGUUGAGUAGGAAUACGUUUCAUAGUGUGUUCCACAGGUUGUGGACAGUUUGGAUACAUUAAAUGCCUUGGUUGGCUUAUUACACGUAGUUUAUCAUUUUUUGGGGAAAAUGUACGCAAUAUAACAUGAAACGAUUAGAGAAAGUUGAAGAUUUAUGAUAUUUAAACUUAACGAGGGAAAUAUUAAAGGUUUGAAUGAAAAUGAAAUCUUUUUUCGAAUAAACGUCUCCCAUCAACGCUAUUUUGUAUGACAUCCAAUUGUUUGGUUCCCAACGAUUGCCUGGGUCUCUUGGAUAUUGUGUGGCAUCCCAGGAGAGUUCGCCAUGAAUAUUCUGCAGCCAGAAAACAGAAAUCUUAUGUAAUAUGUGUAUGUCUAUGUACAUAUGUUUCCAUCUGACCAAUGUGGCUUUUUCAUAAUGGACAGGAAGCUGUGUAUGAGGGAAGAUGGUCGGCAACAGGUUUGUAUUGUUGGCUUGCAGGAAUUUGAGGUGUCGGAUGUGCAAAUCGUUAGGGAGUAUAUUGAAAAGGGGAAUUCAGCAAGAAGCACUGGCUCCACUGGAGCCAAUGAAGAAUCUUCAAGAUCCCAUGCCAUCUUACAGCUUGUGAUCAAGAAGCACAAGGAGGUGAAUAACUCCAAAAGGCACAAUGAAGGCAAUGAAUCCAAGGGAGGGAAGGUCAUAGGAAAGCUUUCUUUCAUUGAUCUUGCUGGAAGCGAACGCGGUGCAGACACUACCGACAAUGAUCGCCAAACGCGGUCUGUAUCUUCUUGUAAUCUAGUCUCAUUUAUUUCAUUCCAAGAUAAUUUUAAAAAUGGAUUUAUAAUUACUCAGAUUUUUUUCAUAUCAAACCAAUGACGGAAAAUAGCCCGUCAAGCUAUCGGCAUGAAUCUUGUCGACUUCACAUGUUUUAUAAGCUAUCUAUCUACAUGGUAUUCUGGUUUCAGCAUCGAGGGAGCAGAGAUCAACAAGAGUCUUCUGGCCUUGAAAGAGUGUAUCAGGGCACUGGACAACGAUCAGAUUCACAUCCCAUUCAGGGGGAGCAAACUAACAGAGGUGCUUCGGGAUUCCUUUGUGGGAAAUUCCAGAACCAUCAUGAUUUCUUGCAUUUCUCCGAACGCGGGUUCCUGUGAGCACACCCUGAAUACCUUACGGUAUGCGGAUAGGUAUGUAUGUUUCGAUCGAGCAUACUGGUCAAUAAUAAAUUGCUAAACCCAAAUGCUCUGCAGUAAAAUCGAAAUCGAAACAUUCUUUGAUUAGAGCUUAAUUUCGACAUGGCAUUCCUUCUUCUUUUAUUUUUUUUGUAUUUUUUUGUUGUCAGGGUUAAGAGCCUCUCUAGGAGCGGAAAUCCAAAAAAGGAUCAAGUUCUUGCUCCGUCGGUUCCCGUUCCCGCCGUCAAGGAAUCUUCAUCACCGUACUUUCCUUCCUCACUUGAAUCGCAGGAUGUCUAUGAGCAAAGCGAGCAGGUGAGAGCAGUGGAGACAGGGAGGAGAGCUCCAGAGAAUGCCGCUUCUGAUCCGGAGCUUGAUAGGCACUCCUCCACUGUGACCUCGAGCUACAGCCUCAAUGGAAGGGAGGAAAGUGGGACCACCUUCAGUUCAUUGGAGAGGGUUGACCCUAAAGGUACCUUCGGCGGUCAAUUUGCCCCUAGGCUACAUUCUACUCAGAAUACAUACGACACUCAGGAUGAAGAUAGGGUGUCUCCACCCCGUAGAAAAUUAGGCAAGGAAGAAAAAUCCGAGAAACAGAGCAGCUGGGCUAGAAAGGACAGCGGAUCUGACUUUACUAUGACACGGCGUAAGCAGAAAUGCGAGGGGGAGCCCAACUUCAGUGAAGAAGAUAUCAGUGCUAUUCUCGAGGUAAAAGUCAACGCCAUCGAUAAACUACAAUUGAUUAUCCCGUUUUGUGAAUCUGAGUGGUUGCCUCUGGUGUACGUGUUUCAGGAAGAGGAGGCUCUAAUUGCAGCUCACAGAAAGGAAAUCGAGGAUACAAUGGAGAUUGUGCGCGAGGUGAGACCGCUCUUCUUUCCUUUCCUUGGAGCGUGAUUUUCCCUCUGUCAAGGCCUUGGUGAUAAUUUCCAACUAUUUUCCGACCACAUCAUGAAUCUGUUCUUUGUCUAUAAAACCCAGGAUAUGGCCACCUUCCCAAAUCCUUGUAAAUAUAAGCUGGAUCAUAUAUAUCUGUAUAUAUGAUCGAUGGAAAAACCGUAGCAUUUCUGACUAAUCUCACUGUCAACUCCGGCUGAUUAUCCAAGGAUUCAAUGCAAUGUUGCUUGCGUUUGCCAGGAGAUGAAGUUGUUGGCAGAAGUCGAUCAACCCGGCAGCCUCAUCGACAACUACGUGACCCAAUUGAACUUUGUUCUCUCCCGCAAGGCUGCGGGCUUGGUUAGUCUUCAGGCUCGCCUGGCAAGGUUCCAGCAUCGGCUCAAGGAACAGGAGAUCCUCAGCCGCAAGAAGGUCCCUCGCUGA